UUUCUUCCUCAUCAUUGGUGUGCCUCCAUUGCCAUAUCUCUAUGCCACGUCCUUCAAGUAGUUUACCAUGGUACAGGAUUUUACUAGCUUGAGACGCAGACCUUUUCUACUAACUAAGGUGGCAGCUCCACAGAGGGUGACGGCCUGUUUGAGGGCGACUACGGGGUGCCUCCUCUCCCGGUGACCGAGGGCAUGCAGCACAUCCGCAUCAUGGAGGGCGUGUCACGCUCGCUGCCCUCCUCCCCCCUACUCUCCCACCAGGCCCUCAACAUGAGACUGCAGACCACUAAGAGGCUCCCAGGUGAGGAGAGUCAGGAGCUGGGCCCCCCUCCCUCUGUGGACGAGGCAGCCAACACCCUGAUGACGCGCCUGGGCUUCCUACUGGGAGACAAGAUGAACGAGGGACAGCCGGGCUCACAGUAUGACAUGAACGACCACGACGACAACCAGGGCAUGAUGUCAGUGACGCAGCGGAUCAGCCCCUGCUCCAGCCUGGCCAGCAGCACAGCCUCCCCCCCUGCAGGAAGCCCCUGCUCCACGCUGCCCCCCGGAGGGGCCCCCGGGAACCACGCCUCCAGAGACUGUGCCUAUGGCUCCAUCACCAGCCCCACCUCCACCCUGGAGAGCAGGGACAGCGGCAUCAUCGCCACGCUGACCAGCUACUCUGAGAAUGCUGACCGGGGUGGGGGGAAGCACGGGGAGGGCUCGCGGGGUAGCCUGAAGCUGUGGCAGACCCAGAAGUGUUCGGGCACAGACUCGUUCCUGUACCGCGUGGAUGAGAACAUGGCUGCCUCCACCUACAGCUUGAACAAGAUCCCAGAGAGGAGCCUGGAUACGGCCCACUCCUCCCACUCUGCCCACUCCAUUCCCCUCUACCUCAUGCCCCGGCCCAACUCUGUGGCAGCCACGAGUUCGGCCCACCUGGAGGACCUGGCCUAUCUGGAUGAGCAGAGACACACUCCCCUGAGGACCUCCCUCAGGAUGCCCCGGCAGAAUUCUGGGGCCGGGCACUCCGGACACGACCUCAGAGCUUCCGCUUACAGCCAUGCCUGGCAAUCUAACUCACUACGCUUUGCUCCCUACCGCCCCCCGGAUAUCGCCCUCAAGCCCCUCCUCUUCGAGGUGCCCAGCCUGACAGCUGACUCGCUCUUCACCGGGAGAGAGUGGCUCUUCCAGGAAGUGGACGCCCGUCUUCGCGGCGACGACUCGGCAGCCAAUCGAGGUGUGGUUGUCGUGGGCAACGUGGGCUUCGGCAAGACCGCCAUCAUCUCCCGCCUGGUGGCGCUCAGCUGCCACGGCAACCGCAUGAGGCAGAUCGCCUCGGACAGCCCACACGCCUCGCCCAAACAUGGGGAGACCCUGCCCCUCACCCAGCCCCAGCACUCCCAUGGCACCCUGGGGGGCAGCUGCCCUGGCACCCCCGAGAUGAGGCGACGCCAGGAGGAGGCUUUACGGAGGCUCGCCUCACAGGUGGUGGCGUACCACUACUGCCAGGCGGACAACGCCUACACGUGCCUGGUGCCAGAGUUUGUCCACAACGUGGCGGCUCUGCUGUGCCGGACGCCUCAGCUCAUGGCCUACAGGGAGCAGCUGCUGCGGGAGCCCCACCUGCAGACCACCCUCAGUCUGCGCUCCUGUGUCCAGGAUCCCCUCAAUGCCUUCAGGAGGGGCGUGCUGGAGCCCCUCGACAUCCUGCACAGAGAGAGGAAGAUAGCAUGUGAGGAGGACCUGAUCAUCCUGGUAGACGGGCUGAAUGAGGCAGAGUUCCACAAGCCGGACUACGGCGACACCAUCACCUCCUUCCUGUGUAAGACCAUGGAACGCUUCCCUCCCUGGCUCAAACUGGUGGUCACCGUCAGGACCUCCCUACAGGAGAUCACACAUCCCCUCCCGUUCCACCGUAUCUCUCUUGACCGCCUGGAGGAGAAUGAUGCCAUAGACCAGGACCUGCAGGGCUACCUGCUGCAGCGGAUCCAGGGCAGUGCUGAGAUCCAGAGCAACGUGUCUCUCAACGGGCGUCUGGACAACGCAGCCUUCGCCAAGCUGAGCACCCACCUCAAGGCCCUGAGCCGCGGCUCCUACCUCUACCUGAAGCUCACGCUGGACCUCAUCGAGAAGGGCUACCUGGUGCUCAAGAGCUCCAGCUUCAAGGUGGUGCCGGUGAGCCUGGCUGAGGUGUACCUUCUGCAGCUCAACAUGCGUUUCCCCACCCAGUCGUCCUUCGAGCGUGCCCUCCCCCUGCUCAACGUGGCCGUGGCCUCCCUCCACCCUCUCACGGACGAACAGGCGUACGGGGCGGUGAACGCUGGCGCCGUGCGAGGCCCCGCCCUGGACUGGGAGGACUUCCAGGGGAGACUGGAGCUGCUGUCGCCCUUCCUGGUGCGAAGGAGGGACGGAACGCGUAUGUUCACACACCCCUCCUUCAGGGAGUGGCUCAUCUGGAGGGAGGAUGGGGAGAAGACUAAGUUCCUCUGUGACCCGAGGAGUGGCCACACGCUCCUGGCCUUCUGGUUCUCGCGUCAGGAGGGCAAACUGAACCGGCAGCAGACCAUCGAGCUGGGCCACCACAUCCUCAAAGCACACAUCUUCAAGGGCCUGAGUAAGAAGGUUGGGGUCUCCUCGUCUGUCCUGCAGGGGCUGUGGGUCUCUUACAGCACAGAGGGGCUCUCCACUGCUCUGGCCUCACUGAGGAACCUCUACACACCCAACAUCAAGGUGAGCCGUUUGUUGGUCCUGGGCGGAGCCAAUGUUAACUACCGUUCUGAGGUUCUGCACAACGCCCCAGUGCUAUGUGUCCACGCCCACCUGGGUUACGCUGAGACAGCCGGCCUGCUGCUGGAGAACGGAGCGCACGUAGACGGGGAGUCGGACAGCGGCCUCACCCCGCUGGGCUACGCCGCUGCCGCUGGACACCUGCCCAUUGUCACCGCGCUCUGCGCCUGCAAGGCCAAGGUGGACCACCUGGAUAAGAAGGGUCAGUGUGCGCUGGUGCACGCUGCACUGCGAGGACACCUGCAGGUGGUCAAGUUCCUGGUGCAGAGUGACUGGAACCCUGAUGGACAGCCCCAAGGAGCCUUCACCAAGAGUCACGCUGUCCAGCAGGCCCUUAUAGCAGGGGCCAGCAUGGGAUACACAGAGAUCGCCUCUUACCUAUUGGACCUGCCAGAGAAGGACGAGGAGGAGGAGGAGCGAGCACAGAUCAACAACUUUGACACACUCUGGGGAGAGACUGCUCUGACGGCAGCAGCAGGCAGGGGGAAGCUGGAUGUGUGCAGGCUGCUGUUGGAACAAGGGGCAGCGGUGGGACAGCCUAACCGCCGGGGCAUCGUGCCUCUCUUCAGCGCUGUGCGCCAGGGACAUUGGCAGAUAGUGGACCUGCUGUUGAACCAUGGAGCUGACGUCAACAUGGCAGACAAGCAGGGCCGAACGCCCCUCAUGGUGGCCUCCUCAGAGGGCCACCACAGCACAGCAGAGUUCCUACUGGCACAAGGUGCGUCUCUGGCCCUGAUGGACAAGGAGGGUCUGACUGCUCUGAGCUGGGCAUGUCUGAAGGGCCACCUGCCAUUGGUGCGUUGCCUGGUGGAGAGGGGCGCGGCCACCGCCCACGCCGAUAAGAGUGGACGCACCCCCCUGGACCUGGCCGCCUUCUACGGAGACUCAGAAGUGGUGCAGUAUUUGGUGGACCACGGGGCGAUGAUAGAGCAUGUGGACUACAGUGGGAUGCGACCUCUGGACCGGGCCGUGGGCUGCAGGAACACCUCUGUGGUGGUGGCUCUGCUCAAGAAGGGAGCCAAGAUGGGAUAUCAGACUCUUCCCAGUCGACCGCGAGGUCCAGCCACCUGGGCCAUGGCCACCUCCAAACCCGACAUCAUGAUCGUCCUGCUCAGCAAGCUCAUAGAGGAAGGAGAUGGCUUCUACAAGAAAGGUAAAGUGAAGGAGGCUGCCCAGCGGUACCAGUAUGCCUUAAAGAAGUUCCCCCGCGAGGGCUUCAGCGAGGACCUCAAGACCUUCAGAGAACUCAAGGUGUCCCUCCUCCUCAACCUGUCCCGCUGCCGGAGGAAAAUGAACGACUUUGGGAUGGCUGAGGAGUUUGCUACCAAGGCGCUAGAGUUGAAAUCCAAAUCGUACGAGGCCUUUUACGCCAGAGCCCGCGCCAAGCGCAGCAGCAGGCAGUUCCACGCAGCCCUGGAGGACCUGAAUGAGGCCACCCUCCUUUGCCCCAACAACCGGGAGAUCCAGCGCCUGCUGCAGAGGGUGGAAGAGGAGUGUCUUCAGUUCGAGGAGCAACAGGAGCUGGACCCUCCCCCGUCCCCUCCUAGAGAGCAGGCCCCGCCCCCUCCCCAGUCCCUGGAGCCCCGCCUGGAGGACAUGGAGCCAGUGCAGGACCUGUUUGAAGAGGACGAGGACUACCUGGAGCAGGACCUGGAGAGCCUCCCCAUGGGCAUGGCUCCUGAGCCCCGCUCCAGCCCCUCUGGCCUGCCCCUCAUCCAGAGCCUGCCCCCCUCCCCCGGCCACCGCAAUUCUCCCUACCUCUCCGGAGGCCCCUCCAUGGGCCAGGCUUUCGAGCUGCACCCCAGCCCCCAUUCCAAGUCCUCCCCCACGCGCCAUGGCUACCAGUCCACCUCCCCGUCACUUUCCCCGACGCACCAGAGCUCCCACUACCGGCCAAGCCCCCCGCACACCUCCCCAGCCCACCAGGCUUCCUCUACGUCGUACAACUUCAGCCCACCACCUUCGCCUCUUCGCCGGGGGCCCCAGUAUCGCGCCAGCCCCACCUCAGAGAGCGGAGGAGGUCUGUACCGGCCGCAGUCGGCCUCAGCCCGCUACCAGUCUGAGCAGAUACCUGGCCGGCCCAAGUCUCCUCUGUCCAAGAUGAGCAGCCAGCGCUCCUUCCAGCUGCCCUCUCAGCAGCAGCCUCCCCAGCAGGGACAGUGGCUGCAGCCUGCCAAGGCCCAGAUCGUACGCACCAACCAGCCCAGCUCCGCCGUGCACUCGAGUGCUGUGCUGGGCACCAGUGCCUACAGCCAGAUGGCCCACUCCAUGAGCACCCGCCUCCCCCCCGACCUGGUCGAGCUGGGGGACGGGGUGAAUAUAUACCACAGUGCCCUGGAGGGGAGGCCCACGCUGCAGGUGCAGGCCAGCCUCAGUGCAGGAGCACUGUACCAACAUGGUGGCAUCGGUGGGAUCCAGAUGGUCCCCAUGGAGGACGAGCUUCCCCAGCGGCCCUCCUCAGCUUACCGGCCUGGAGGUCCGCGCUACGGCCAGGCCCCCCAGAUCAGCCGCAGCCAGUCGGCAGCGUACUACCCUGUCUCACCUCAGAUGGAGAUGGAGAUAGAGAUGGAGCACCAGGCGGCACUGGGAUCACCGGAGAACCCCCAUGGUCUGCGCCGACCUGUCAGUGCCACCAGCGCAGAGCCAAAGCAACACGCACCCACUCCCCGGCCCCUCAUGCACUCCCAGAGCGUAGGCCUCCGCUUCUCCCCCUCCAACACCAGCCUGGGUGGGGUCUCCGCAGCUAAUCUAGCCCCAGGCUUCCGGGGCUCCACCUCGGCCCAGCAGAUGGAAAUCCCUCUACAGCUGUCAUACGAGGAUGGUAGUGUUUACUGCGACGACCUAUCACCUGUGUCUCCACCGCAGGGCAGCGACAUGAGGGUGGUGGGAGGGACAUACCCAGACAAGGCACUCCGCUCCAGAAACACACCUUUCAUGGGCGUUGUCGACAAGACAGCGCGGACUCACCAGUACCUGCCACAGCCACCGCAACCGCAGACAAUAGGGCGCUCCUGGGCCAUCUCUUCCCUGGACACGGUGGUGACCAGCCCCGCCAGGUCUCCAGGGAACAUGGGCCCUCAGCAUGGCUACAGCCAACAGCCCAGCCUGGGACACAUCGCCUACUACAACCGCACCAACAAUGCCCACAAUGGACACCUCCUGGACGAUGACUACUACCAGCCGCCAGCUAACGGCUCGCGGGACGGCAUGGGCCGCGUGAGCCAGGCGCCCACCUACCCAGACGUCAAGGUGGCCCGGACGCUGCCUGUGGCCCAGGCCUACCAGGACAGCGAGUACAUGCAGCACUCCAGGGACAGGCAGGGCCCCACAUCCCCUAUCAAACCAAAGAGACCUUUCGUGGAGUCAAACGUGUAGGGAGGGACUGAGGGAGAGGAGGACUGAUAAGCCUGCAGACAUUUUGAUUUGGAAUGACUUAGAGACAACCCCAAGGGUAUGUGAUGAGACUGGGAAGGAAACACUACUGCAGACAAACACACAUAUAAACUCUCCUCCCAUGCAUCUUCUUUGCCUCUGUCCUACACAGCCAUUUGCUAUGGAUGAAUACAAGAAAACAUAAAACUGCAGUUUGCCAGGUGAAUCCAACACCUCCAGUACUCCAGAAUAUUUUGGCCUAGUUUGUAUAGUUAAAGUGGAGGGGGCAGGGAUGAUCCACAACUUUAGGAACUUUAGUCUGUUGGAAGAGUCAGUAGGAGGACUAAUGCCACACAUGCACACCCUGACCUGGAAACCUCCAGAUCUCAAGCAGGGGAGACUGCUGCCUGCCGUUUUCUCCCUGCCCCUGAAUGCCUGUCCUGGGAUGGUCAGCGCCAAGCCAUGGGCACUUCUCUGUUGAGAAUCCAAACUCUCAAUGCCUUCUUUAGAACGACUCAAUAGAAGGCCGCCCUUAACUGAGAUGACCAGGUCCUCUGCUGUAAAUAUGACUGAAAAGAGUCAACAUACCUGUACAUAGGAAAAGCAGAAAAAAGUAAUAUUUAUCAUUUAAGUUAUGUUUGUAAAAUACAUUAUAUAUAUUAUUUCCAUUGGAUUGUUGUUUUUUUGCUUUUGUGUUGUUUUUUUUGCUCAAGAAGUGACAUGCAGCAGGCUUUGUGAAGCUUUUGGGAAACGGGCAUUUCUUAUUUUCCAAUAACUUGAAUGUUUCCCUUUACAGUUGAAUUAUCUCUACCAAUCAAAGCUGCAGUUAUUCAAACAUAACACUGCACUACACACAGUUUUGGCCACUAAAGGGUCAAAGAUGUUGGCAACAUGCACACAUGACUUCAAAUGACCCAAGUGGUCAUUGAAGGACUAUUUUUAUCCAUCCACCAAAUGCUUUCCAUAAAACAAUGGAAUUUAGGUGGUCAAAUGUAGUGUCUUCAAUAUAGAACAUAAAUGGUUCCAAAGCUAAUAUUUAGGUUAAGGAUGUAAACUGCAUUAACAAUUGUUGUGUAGACAGCCUAUAUAUUUAGAAACGUACAAAACCAUCCAAUGUCUACAUUUUGGUUACACUUUCUUUUACAGUGCAUUUUCAUGAAACUAGAUGUUAAAAAAAUACACUGAAGAAAGUGGUGUCAAGACAAGGCUACAUGACAUGGUUGAACUAGAUUAUGAUCUAUCUAUACAAGGUUGUCAAUUGUGAUGGAUUUCAUACCUUUGAUUUGAUACAAGUCAAUGCAACACAAUUACAGUGCAGUUUACCCACCAGUUUGGUGAUACCCUUUACCCCCUACUGGCACUUAGUAUGAACAACAAUCAGCUGAAAACGGAUACUUGUCUUACAAGAACAAAUUAACCACUUAUCUGUGAAGUUUACAUUUUUAUUUACUGUAGUCUUAAUUCUUGUAUUUUUUACUCAGUCAUUUGUUGCUUAAAAAUUUCAAAAAUUUCAAACUGUUUUUUAAAUUAUUAUUUACUUUGUAUUGGUGUGCUUGAUUAUGUUUGGAGGGGUUUGUUUGGUAAUAGGUGGAGCCUCUCCGAUCUGAUUGGUUCAUAAACACUCCAACCAGGACAUUGAAGGAAAUGAAUGAACCAGUUGAUUGAUAUUGACAAGAGAUGCAUCCAAAAGGUUAACCCUACGUCUGAGACUGUUGCCUGAUUUGGAGGGAUUUAUCCCUACAGUCAAUACCCUCUCCUGUCCGGAUUAACUCCCAAGAAAACUUUGUUUUGAUAGUUCCAGUGUAAAUAACUGUACAUGCUGAGCUGCAUAGAAGUGCAUGUUUGUUCUCUGCUUACUCCCAUGCUGAUAUAAACAGGUAAUAUGUAUUUGUAACAUGUUUGUAUAGCAGUUUAUCAAUAUUGAUUCUUACAAAUCAAUAUUUGGAGGGGGAAGCGGGGGAACUGAUGGAACAGCCAUCUUUUUUUAUCUUGGAAGGAGAAGGCAAAUAUUUUUCCCUUUUACUGUUUUUUUGGGGCUUGCUGAGCAGAGUUCUCUGUAAAUUGUCUGUAUAUGUGAGUUGUGGCGUUUUGAAACGAGAAGGUAAUAAGAAACAUGAAUGCGUUUUUAACUCAGUUAAGCGAUUGUAAAAUGUACAAUCAACUGUAUGUAUGAGGAAAUGUACUUAUUUAAAAAUAGUUACCACUUCAAAGAAAA